UGUCGCAUACGGGGAUUGAACCUGCAACCUUGGCAUUAUGAGCACCACGCUCUAACCAACUGAGCUAUGCAGCCUCAUUCAUGGAAGCCUCAGUCACAUCUCUACAUGGUUUAGCUAUAAUCUAUAAUUGGAGACUUCCAAAAGUCAAACUCCAUUCUAAAAGCUGAACAAUACAAACUGAACAACUCACAAAAAUGUUUUUUUAAAAGAAGAACCUGCCCUAACCACCUAAUAAGGCUGCGAAUGUGUGACUGGUAUUGUGGUUGAAGAGAAGAGCUGCUCCGGAAAGAGAUCUUUGGCCAUCAACUCAGGCUAUAGCAGCAAACCUCCAGUGCUCCUUCGACAGCCCUGCAGCCCUGAGAGGCUUCUCUGCAGCCUCUGCUUGCCAAUGGAGGGCGAAGAUGGUUAUACUGCUUUGAACUUCCAGUCUAGGAGGGCUGCAUCAGGAACUGCCGCUGGGGCUCAGAAACAAGAUGCUUCUGGGCUUCCCUGUUGGUACCGGAUCACCCUGUGGGCAAGUGGCUUUGUGAUCAUCAUCCUGGGGGUGGCUGUGACAGUCUUGGCUUUGCAGUUGGAAGCUGAAAAGGGAAAAAUUCUACUGAACAAUGGUGGAUGCAAUGCCUCAACAGACAAGUUUCGGGCUUCCCUAAGACACAACUUCUGCAAUCAAAAUCAGUAUAGUUCCUCAGAUAAUUCCCCUUGCAAAGUGUGCCCUAUGCAAUGGCAGCUCCACAGGGACAAGUGCUACUGGCCAUCAGACUAUAUGAAAACCUGGGAUGAGAGCCAACAUGACUGUUCAACAAGGGCUUCUCAACUGCUGGUCAUCCAAGACAAGGAGGAGCUGGAUUUCAUAAAAAGCAUUACAAAAGAAUCAAAUUACUGGAUUGGACUCUCACGAUUACAACUGGAGAAGAAAUGGAUGUGGAUUACAGGCUCCCAGCUUGAUCAGAGUCUAUUUCCAGAACCAAACUAUGCUGAAGGAAACUCUUGUGCCGCCAUAAAAUAUAAAGUCACCUCUGAACGCUGCAGUACUGUAUUUAGGUGGAUUUGCCAGAAGGACCCUCUCCUACUCUGAUAUUUUAGUUUGAUAAAUGCAAUAAUUAUGUGGGUUUUUGUUU